GCUAUAUUUUUCCAAUUCUUGCAUUGCAAGUCAAGCAAAACUUAAACCAAAUCGGUAUAUUAUGUAAUUUCCUAGGAGAGCUCGGAUUAAGGCAAUUAAACCAGACCAACAAGGCCUUCAUCGAGUUAGACUAGGAUUUUGAUUUCUCUACCCUCAAAAACUAUAAAUACAACCUCCCCCUCCCAACUCUAGUACCAUAAAUUUAGUCAUACGCUAUCGAUCACAAAAGAGUUGGUGAGUUUAUUGUUAAAGAAAAUGGCUAGCAUGAAAGUAUUCGUUGUCUUUGUUAUCCUUGCUCUAUGUUCUUCAAUUCCUCGUCGUCUUAAUGCAAUUCCUCUGCAAACUCCCACUAUCAUUGAAGCAAUCUAUCAAUUCGGGGACUCGAUUUCUGAUACCGGAAAUUUGAUACGUGAGAAUCCAGUAGGCUCUCAUACAGCUUUUGCGAGACUUCCUUAUGGAGAAACCUAUUUCCAUAAACCAACUGGUCGUUGCUCCAAUGGUCUUCUUAUGAUUGAUUAUAUUGCUGAAAACUUCAAUUUGCCACUCCUAGACGCAUAUCUUAAUAAAGGAGGCAACUUCAAUCAUGGAGUUAACUUUGCCGUAGCCGGAUCAACCGCUCUGACAACUUCAACAUUAGCUGCUAAAAACAUAUUAUCUCCUGUCACAAAGAGUUCAUUAUCUGUUCAACUCGGCUGGUUUAGGUCUUUCCUUCAUUCAAUUUGUUCACAUCCUUUUGAGUACCAACCCAAACUCGCGAACGCCCUUUUCAUCAUCGAAACAGGAGGUAACGACUUCAACUAUGCCUUCUUCGAACAAAAGUCAUUACAAGACGUUCAACAAAUGGUAGAUGAAGUCAUUCAAGCUAUAACAACCACUGUGAAAGAAUUGAUCAGUUUAGGUGCUACUAAAUUUGUUAUUCCUGGUAACUUCCCAAUUGGUUGUUUGCCUAUUUAUCUAAGUGCCUUCCAAUCCAACGACACCAAGAUGUAUGAUGAGCUUCAUUGUCUUAAAGAUUUGAACGAAUUCGCCGUGCUUCAAAACAAUCACUUGGAACGAGCUAUUAAGGAGCUUCAAAUGCACUACCCGAACGUCGCAAUAGUUUAUGCUGAUUAUUACAAUGCAUUGAGGGGACUCCUUACAAAUGCAGCUUUACUUGGGUUCAACAAGAGUGAAGUGCAAAAGGCAUGUUGUGGAAUUGGUAAUAAUGAAUAUAACUUUAACAUGACAAGUAUGUGUGGAUAUAAAGGAGUUCCAGUUUGUGAAAAUCCGGCUAAGAGUGUGAGUUGGGAUGGAGUUCAUAUGACUCAACAUGCAUAUCAACUCAUGGCAAGGUGGUUGAUUAAGAAGAAUAUUCUCCCUGGAAUUUUUACUAUAGUUUAGAUAGAUGAUGAUCUUGUUUUUUUUUAAUUUUGCAAUUGCUAGUUCUUGAAUAAUAAUAGUAUAAGUUCUUUUUUUUUAUAAUUAAAGAUUAGUAUAGUACGCAGUAGAUGUAUGUUUUUGGUUAAUGUUUGUUUUGGUGAUAUAAUUUGUUUGACCUUAAUGAAGUAGAGAUUUAUUUAACUUUAAUAAUCUUCAAUGAUUUCAUUGCGCAAAUUAAACUUUCUGGGAAUGUUCAAUGAGUUCAUUCACGCAGUUUUAGCACAAUCAUUUUUUCACCGGUUAGUAUUAUUAUACUAUCAUAGAAUUGAUUAGG